AUGUCCACAACACCCAAGCAGCGCCUUGCGCUGGCCAUCUGCGACUUCCUGUCGACGUCGCUGACGGACGGCACCCUGACCUCGGAGGAGAAAGACUCGAUCGACAUCGCCAUCAACUGCAUCGGCGAGUCCUUCGGCGUCGACCCCACCGACAAGGCCGCCGUCUCCCAGGCCGUCGGCGCGCAGAACCUCUUCCAGAUCUACUCGGUCUACGAGAAGCUGAGGGGCUCCAAGCCCGCCGGGGGCGCUGCUGCCUCCACGCCCGCCCCGGCCACCACCACCGCCGCCGCCCCGACCGACGAGCAAAAGAAACAAGCCGAAGCCCUCAAGUCCAAGGGCAACGCCGCCAUGGCGCAGCGCGACUACCCGGCGGCGAUCGACCUCUACACGCAGGCACUAGCCGUGCACCCGGGCAACGCCAUCUUCCUGUCGAACCGGGCGGCGGCGUACAGCGCGGCGCGGGACCACGAGGCCGCCCGCGCCGACGCCGAGGCCGCCGUCGCCGUCGACCCCAAGUACACCAAGGCGUGGAGCCGCCUGGGCCUGGCGCGCUUCGCGCUGGGCGACGCCAAGGGCUCGAUGGAGGCGUACCAGAAGGGGAUUGAGUACGAGGGGAAUGGUGGCAGCGACGCCAUGAAGAAGGGCUACGAGACGGCUAAGCGCAGGGUCGAGGAGAUUGCGGCCGAGGAGGCGGGUGCCGGCAGCAGUGGGACGAGGGGUGCGGGAGCGGGCGCUGGCGGCUCGCCCGGAUUGGGUGACCUGGCGAGCAUGUUCGGUGGUGGCGGCGGUGGUGGCGCGGGCGGUGGUGGUGGUGGUGGCAUGCCCGACUUUGCGUCCAUCAUGAACAACCCCAUGUUUGCGUCCAUGGCGCAGAACCUGAUGAGCAACCCCGACAUGAUGGCCAACCUGAUGAACAACCCGCGCCUGCGCGAGAUGGCUGAUUCGUUUGGACGCGGUGGCGGCGGCAUGCCCGAUAUCGGCUCGCUGAUGUCGGACCCGAGCGUGGCUGAGAUGUGA